GUAGCUUAAACGCUGUGACGCUGUGUGACAGUGAGCGAUUUCUCUCUGGUUGUUUCAGCUUUCUAAGAGGAGAUCCAGGGUUGGAGAAGGAAAAGCAAUGGCUGAUCCCGAAUUGGAAGCUAUCAGACAAAGAAGAAUGCAGGAGUUAAUGGCACAACAUGGCAUUGGAAAUCAGCAGAACUCGGAGCAGCAGAAAGCACAGGAAGAAGCCAAAAGAGAAGCAGCAGAUGAAAGGAGGCAAAUGAUGCUUAGUCAAAUCUUGUCAUCUGAAGCACGAGAAAGGCUUGCUCGGAUUGCUUUGGUGAAGCCUGAGAAGGCACGUGGAGUUGAGGAUGUUCUACUGAGAGCUGCUCAAAUGGGUCAGAUAGUUGAGAAGGUGUCUGAAGAAAGGCUUAUAUCAUUACUGGAACAGAUUAACAAUCAAACAACAAAGCAAACCAAAGUGACGAUCCAGAGGCGUCGGAGUGUUCUGGAGGACGACGAUUAAGACCCAUUUGGUGUUUGAUGAUAGAAAACUCUUUAAAUGGUUGUAUAUUUUUGGUCAUUUGGCCAGCAUUAUUGAGCGUGACUCAUUUCAAUAUACCUUCUGCUACUGGCUUUGCUAGAAAUUGAGUGUCUUUUGUUCUGUC